AUGUGUUCUUGUUCUCCUGCAGAUCUGAAGCCAAAGCCUGAACUCACAUCAGAUCCUGCAGGAGCUGCACUGACAGGAAACACAGUGACUUUGAUCUGUCACAUGAAUCCAGCCACUGGAUGGGACUUUUACUGGUACAAACACACACUGCACUCAGAGACGAAGACACAAACAAACUCCUACAGAGUGAAGAUUGAUUCAGUGUCUGCUGGAGGCCAGUACUGGUGUAGAGCUGGAAGAGGAAAACCAGUCUACUACACACAAUACAGUGAUGCACUGUGGGUAAAUGUUACAGUGAGUCCUAAAGCUGUGGUGACGGUUCGACCUGAUGAACAAGUGUUCAGAGGAGAAACAGUCGCUCUCAGAUGUGAUAUAAAGUGGAGAGGAGACACUGAGUGGACGUACAGAUGGGAAACAGAGGGAACAAGCUACCAAUAUAACUCAAUCUCAACACAAGAGCUGAACAUCAGCAGUGUUAAAGACUCUCACAGCGGUAAAUACAGCUGUAGAGGAGAGAUGGGAACACAACACUCUCAGCGCAGUGAUGCUGUUACACUGACUGUAUCAGCUGAAGCUCAGGCAGCAGUGCGAGUGUCUCCACAGCCGUGGCUGACUGAAGGAGACUCAGUGACUCUGAUCUGUGAGGUUACAGGCUCCUCUACAGGCUGGACGUUCAGCUGGUUCAGAGAUGAUGAUCGUCUGUCAGACAGCAGCAGAGGAGCUGGAGGCUCUUACACUCUAAGUCCUGCUGCUCUACAGCACACAGGAGUUUAUACGUGCAGAGCAGAGAGAGGACGACCGGCCUAUUACACAAACUACAGUAACACACAGACACUGUGGAUCACUGGUCAGGGGUCGCCGGUCUCUCUGGUGGUCCGUCCCAGCAGAAGUCAACACUUCUCGUCUGACUCUCUCUCUCUGAGCUGUGAGGAUCAGAUGAACUCUGCUGGAUGGACAGUGAGAAGAUACACAGACAGAAACACAGAAGACUGUUCAAAACAAACAGGAUCUACAUGUCGACUCGUCUCUCUCAGCACAACUGACUCUGGAGUUUACUGGUGUCAGUCUGAAUCUGGAGAGAAACGUCAUCCUCUCAACAUCACUGUACACGAUGGUGAUGUGAUUCUGGAGAGUUCUGUUGAUCCUGUGAUUGAGGGAGAUACUCUGACUCUACACUGUUUACAUCGAUCUACAAACUCCUCGAUCCUCAGAGCUGAUUUCUAUAAAGACGGAUCCCUCGUCCAGAGUCAGACGACAGGAGAGAUGAGCAUCACGACUGUCUCAGAGUCAGAUGAGGGUUUCUACUACUGUAAAACAGAGAGAGGAGAGUCACUCCACAGCUGGAUCUCAGUCAGAGGUCUGGGAAUAAUCAGUGAUUUAUGUACCUUUAUAAUAAUAUCAUACAGUAUGUGA